UUUUUUAAAAUAUUUUUAAAAUGGUUCAAACUUAUCAAAGUCCAGUACGUGUCUACAAAUUUCCUUUUGAGUUGAGAUUUCCAACAUGCCCACAAAUUCCAAUUUUCGUCGGUUCUGAGAUUACUUAUGAAUGGAAAGCUGAAGAUGGUGGUGAAGAAAUUAUAGAACGUAAAUGUCAACUUAAUGUAGAAGCUCCUUAUCUUGUCAAAAAGAUUGCUGGUGUAGAUUAUGUUUAUUUUAAACAAAGAAAUCAUUUAAAUUUGCGUGCUCGAACUUUGCUUAUUGAGGCUUCAAACAUUUCUUUUGCUAAUCGUAUUGUUGUUAUCGAAAACUGCCGAUAUUAUGUUCACACAGAAAAUCCAGAAUGGACAUGCUUUGAACAAAAUUCAAGCCUUGAUGUAAAAUCGUUUUUUGGGCUGGAAUCAGCAAUUGAAAAGCUUGCUGUUAAACAAUAUAGUGCUAAUAUUGCUAAGGGAAAAGAAGUACUCGAAUUCUUUAUCGAUGAGUUGAUUAAGAAUGGAGUUACACAUGUACCGAUAUGGAAAGGUGAAGAGAAAGGUUGGAAUUUUUAUGGAUUAAGUUCUCCACCGACAACACCUCCAGCCAGCAGUAGUGGUUUUGGAGGCUCUUGUUCAACUACAUUAACUGCAAAUGCUGUUAUAAACGAACUAAAUUCUGAACCUUUAUCAGGCACGGCAGAGGAAAAACUUUCACGUGAAGAACUGAAACGGAGGCGUUCAAGUGGAUUGGGAGGAAGUGGAAAACAAAAAUCUUCUGGGACAGCAAAUGGUGUUUUAUCCUCUGCUUCUGUUACGCAACAAUUGGGAAAACUACGUGGUACUCCUGCACAACCUGAUGCUGCAGGUCGGGCUACUAGUUUUGAUGAUUUGGAUUCUAAAUUGGAAGGUGAAUAUAUUCAACGUUUUUUGGGUCAACUUACACCUUUGGAAGAAAGCCGUCUUUGUGAGUUGUAUGUUCUACAAUCAGCACAUAAAGGAAAAAUACCAAAUGAUGCACAUUUGUUGCGUUUUCUACGUGCACGUGAUUUUGAUGUUCAGAAAGCUAAUCAUAUGAUUGUAAAUUCUCUUCUUUGGCGUAAACAGCAUAAUGUUGACAAAAUUCUACAUGAUUUUGUUCCACCUCCAUUAUUGAUUAAAUAUUUCCCUGGUGGUUGGCAUCAUAACGAUAAUCAAGGAAGACCUCUUUUUAUUUUGCGUCUUGGACAAAUGGAUAUAAAGGGCCUUUUGCGUUCUGUUGGUCUUGAAUCAAUAGUUAAAUUUACUCUUUCAAUUUGUGAGGAAGGACUUUUAAAGACUGCUGAGGCCACAAAACGUUUGGAAAAACCGAUAAGUGCUUGGACGCUUCUAGUUGAUCUUGAGGGGUUAAGUAUGCGGCAUUUAUGGCGUCCUGGAGUUCAAUGCCUUUUACGAAUAAUUGAAAUGCUUGAGGCCCACUAUCCAGAAUGUUUAGGAAUGGUUUUAAUUAUACGAGCGCCGCGUGUUUUUCCAACUUUGUGGACUUUAAUUUCUCCUUUUAUUGAUGAAAAUACACGACAGAAAUUUGUGUUAUAUGCAAGCGAUCAAUUACUACAAGAAUUGCAACGUUACAUACCUGAAGAUUAUUUACCUGAUUUUCUUGGUGGGAAAUGUAAAUUUGACUGCGCUGCAAUAACAGAACCUCCAUGGAUGGUUCCAAAAUCAGAAUAUUUACCAAUUCCUGGUGGAGAAUUGCUACGCGAAACAAAUGAUAUUCUUACAAAUACUUAUACACAAGUUGUGGUUAAUCGAGGUUCUCCAUACGAGGUUUGCGUUUGGGUACAGCAAGCUGGUUCUGUGCUUACUUGGGAUUUUGACAUUAUUAAAGGCGAAUGUGAAUUUGUUAUUUACUACUCCGAAAAGAAAAUUUCUUCAAAAACUCCUCUCUCUGGCCAUUUAUCUACAGCAGCAGGAGCAGCUUCAUCAGCGCCAACAACAACUGCUACUACUCCUGGUCCAUUGGAUCGAGUUGUUGACACUGUUACAAGUGAAUUGUCUAAUUUACUUUCUCCUUCUACAAUUCCACAUUUUUAUGCAAUUGAAUGUGAACCAGAAUUUCGUGUUGGUACUGAACUUACAAUUAUUGGGAAUCCAUUAGAUUUUAAAGAAACUGAUUCAAUGCAAGGCACAACUUAUUGUGAUAAAGGAGGUACUUAUAUUCUUCAAUGGCGACAUCCUGGCGAAUUUGUAGCAGCUGUUUCAACAGAAACUAACAGCAAAAAAGAAUCCUCACAUAUUGGAGACGGUUCGAGUUCUCAUGUUCCAUCUACAACUCAUCAACAACAACAAAAAACUUCCACUUCUGGACCAACACAUAAAUGUCGUCUUAUGGUAUAUUAUGAGCUGCUGAACUCUAAGGAUUUUAAAGGAAGUGUUGCCUCUUUAGAAUCUUGCCGUUCUUCUUUUAAUUCACUCGUUGCUGCCGCCGCUAUUUCUACUGAUAUUACUGCUGCUACCUCUUCAGCUUCACCACCACUUUAUAAUUCUGAACUUAAAUUGAAGCAAGAACAACAAAACAAGAAAGAUUCCAAUGCUUCUAAUGAAGAAGAUUAUUCAACUGCAACUGAAAAAACUCCAAAGAGUUGA